CCUCCUCCUCCUCCUCCUCCUGCCUCAGACCCACAGUCAGUCACAUCACCGGGGGGCUGCCUGUCCUGUCCGCGCCGCACACUCACUCCCGCAACUCCUCUGAGCGCGUUUUUCUUCACAGUCUCUGACUUCAACAACAAAAACAGGGGGGAAAAAAACAACAACAACAACUUCAAGGAAAUAUUUUUUUUUAAUUGACAUCUACACAUGAUGCACUCGGCACAGAAAGACACCACGUUCACCAAGAUCUUCGUGGGAGGUCUGCCUUACCACACCACCGACUCCAGCCUCAGGAAAUACUUCGAGGUGUUUGGAGACAUCGAGGAGGCUGUUGUCAUCACGGACCGGCAGACGGGCAAAUCCAGAGGCUAUGGAUUUGUGACCAUGGCAGACCGGGCCUCUGCUGACCGGGCCUGCAAGGACCCCAACCCCAUAAUAGACGGCAGGAAAGCCAAUGUGAACCUGGCCUACCUGGGGGCCAAGCCCAGGGUCAUACAGCCAGGGUUUGCAUUCGGUGUGCCUCAGAUCCAUCCAGCCUUCAUCCAGAGGCCUUAUGGGGUCCCUGCCCACUACGUAUACCCUCAGGCCUUUGUCCAACCCAGUGUUGUGAUCCCUCAUGUACAACCUUCUGCUGCUACAGCAACAGCUGCUGCUGCCACUUCCCCGUACCUUGACUAUACUGGAGCAGCGUAUGCCCAGUACUCAGCGGCUGCUGCCACUGCUGCUGCCGCCGCCGCCGCUGCAUAUGAGCAGUACCCGUAUGCAGCCUCACCAGCACCGACAAGCUACAUGACCACAGCAGGGUAUGGGUACACUGUCCAGCAGCCACUCGCCACUGCUGCCACCCCGGGAGCUGCCGCUGCUGCUGCCGCCUUCAGCCAGUAUCAACCUCAGCAGCUCCAGACGGAUCGCAUGCAGUGAAACUCUGAAAACUGCCUUAAAGGAGGAGAGCAGGGGAGGUCGCCUUGUCCCAUGAAAAGGGGGAAGUUUGGAGGGGAAAGAACAAAGGGGCUGAAUGAUGGCUGUCAGUCCUGGGUUUUAACUUGGCAGUCCUUCUACCAAAGAGCCUGAAGAAAAUCACCAAAAAUAAGGAGACAAAUGAUGAAUAUUGAUGUAUAUUUUAUUCAAGGGUGAUCAGUCUUUUUUGUCACUAUUGAAUAUAUUUGAAUAUUUAAUAUUUAUUCAUUAGGAAAAUAUUUAAUAAUAAUUGAAGUAGACUCACUGGACCUCAUGUCAACCAUUGCUGAAUUGUGUAUAUACCAAGUGCAUUAUGUCUUAUGAUCAGGUUUCUUCCCCACUUCUUUUGAAAACAAACCAAAACACUUUCAUACAUAUGAGAACCGUAUGCUACAUCAUGCAGUUUUCAGUAUUUCAUAGUUUUGGACCAGUAUUGUAUUCAGUAAAGCUAUGCAGACACUGAUAUAGAUGUCGGUGUUAAGUUAGGAUUAUUCUUUUUUUUUUUUUUUUUUUUUUUAUAAAUGUUUGGAGUGAGAUAGAUUAGACACCCUCAGAUAGUUCCCUUGUAUUUCCUUGACGGUACCUAAGAUAAGAAGCUGAGGUGACGGCUGAUGCUGGUAUAAAGCACUCACUUUUCUUCCCUUUUUAAAAUGCACCUCGAGUAAGUUCAGCAAAAAAGGGAAGAAACUUUGUUGAAUGUGAAUCAUUUUUCAUUUUCACUUUCAUUUUGACAAAAUGUUUCCUAAUGUGCCUUUUUAAAUUAUGCUAUUUAUGUAUUUAUUAUGGAGCCUUACAGUAAAAAAAAAAACCCUUUACUUGUUGUGUUCAUGUGCUAGUAUGAAGCAUGUUCACAUGUGCUGCUGCAUAAUGAUCAAGAGCAUAUGAUUGAUGUUCAAACUUGGCUUAAAGCGAUACACUGUGUAUAAAGAACAAAAUAUGAGUAGAAUGGUAGCAAUUUUCUGUUUCCUGUAGAUUUCAUGUUGUUGUCUCAAAUAGAUUCUUAAUUCUUUAAUGUCGCUUUUUAUACUUGAACAGUUGGAUAAAGGACAGUUUGAGAACUUUUUUUUCUUUUUUUUACAUUUGAUGUUAUUAGACAUUAAAUGUUUUCCAAUGUAAGGACAUCUCCUCUUGACCUUGCACCUGUAAUGCAUGACUCAAAAUUAUGCUAAUGCAAAUAAGUUAAAUAAAAGGAAAUUUACCCUCUG